AUGUUAUUCAACCGGGAAGGGGCCAUUCCGGCCUCAUGGGCCUGGAAGAGAAUCUUGCGCUUUGCUAUUAUCCUCCUCGCCGUCGCCGGUUUCGCGACUCUACUCUGGCCCUCCCACAAGCACCACGCCACUCCCAUGCGUGCUCAAUCCAACAUCACAAUUUCCACAAAGGUACAAUGCGACCCGGACAUCGACAUGCUGCAUCGCUUGAAGAUCAAAAAGCUGGCCGAUUAUACCCGCCGAGAGAUCGUGGUCGACUUCAACUCGGAUCCGCUUGCCAUCAAGCAGAAACUCGACCAACCGCUGUGGGACACAAAGUUGACGGAUUUUGCGAGUCAAGAAGAGGGAGGGAUGCAGGAUGGUUGUUCAGUCUCAACCCCGCUCACCCUCCAGGUGCCCGUUGCCCCUAAAUCGGCCGAUGCAUCGCAUAUUGACUUUGGCGUGGCGACUACUGUUUCCCGAUUGAACGAGUCGCUAGAUCAGUUUCAACACUGGGCUGGAUACACUCAAACGCGCAUCUUUGCGCUGAUCGAGCCAGAUGAAACGAAAAAUGGUGUCCUAGAGGUGAAAAUCAAGGCAGAGAACCUAGGAAUCAACCUAUUUAUCACAGAAUCAGCCGAUGACUACCUACAUCGGUACUUCGCCCUUGUCUCUAUCCUGGAGAAAAACAUGCGAGAACAGACGAAAUGGGCCUGCAUCAUCGACGACGACACCUUCUUCCUUUCCAUGCCCGCGCUGGUCGAUGCCUUGGCCGAAUACGACCACACCAAACCCUACUAUAUCGGCGGCGUGUCGGAAGGUCUUCCCCAGAUUGCCAUCUUUGGAAUAAUCGCGUUUGGAGGCGCUGGCGUCUUCUUGUCGCGACCGUUGUUAACCGAUCUGGGCACCGUAUACGACGAGUGCCAGCAGAUGACCUUCACCGGUGACCGCCGUAUCGCCAAUUGCAUCUAUCAGUACACGACUACCCAUCUAACCGUGGACCACCGCCUGCACCAGCUGGAUCUGAUGAAGGAUGCCUCGGGAUUCUUCGAGGCAGGCCGCGAGGCGCCUCUAUCAGUGCACCACUGGAAAUCCUGGUUCACGGCUGACAUGCCCAAGCUGAGCGUGGUCUCCGACCUCUGCGGGGAAUCAUGUCUGCUGCGCCAAUGGCAGUUUGGCGAUGGCUGGCUCUUGACCAACGGUUUCUCCGUCAUCAAAUAUUCCCUGCCUAUAGAUGUGGACGACAUCGCCAUGGAAAUGACCUGGGAACCGCACAACGGCGCUACCGAUGAGUCUUACCUGCACGAACUCGGCCCACUCCGCCAGAAGGACGACAACAAGAUUAGCUUUCAGCUGGAGGACGCUGUGAGCGAGCCGAACGGGCGCGUGACACAGUGGUACAUUCUGCGUGACAAGGAUGGCGACCAGGUUCUGGAGCUCUCAUGGCGAAAGCGGUGA